AAACUUGACUGCAGUCAACUUUGGCUUGAUGUUGUGGGCUGUGCAAUUCUCGAGAAUGAGCACGACUUGUCGCUUCUCUGCCACCAUGUCUUCAUCGAACUUGCAAAGCCAGCUUGUGAACAUGUCUUGCGUCAUCCACGCCUUUUUUUGGAUUUGUAUGUCAUUGGCAGGUACUCUCGCUUUUUAAAGCAACCUGGCCUCGCUGAUUUUCCAAUGACAAACAGGCGGCCCUUGUCGCUUGCAUCCAUGUUAGCCAGGUUAGUGCAGAACAACACAGUCAUGCACUCUUUUGAGGCCUUGCAGCCAGAGCAGGCUUUGCCUCUCAGCGCAAGAGUGCGGUUCAGCAGAAGGUUAUAAUAUAUGCCAGCUUCAUCGGCACUGUAUAAGUCUCUGUUCGUAUAUGUGGACAGCAUGGUUUCCAAAGUUAAGCGAAGCCAGACUUCGAUGGACUCGUCGUUGACACCACCGCUUUCAUCGCACACCACUUUACAGCUGAUGCAAUGGCAAUCCUUGAAUCGCUGGAUCCAUCCAUUAAAUGGGUUGAAGUCAUCGUGGCCUAAAAGAGCACCAAGGGACCUGGCUUUUUGUCGGACCAUGGGGCCACUCACUGGUAUGCUCUGAGCCCUAACUUCACGGAACCACCUGAAGAGCGCUGCGUCCACGUCUUCGUACUUCGACGUACGUAUUCUCUACCGUGACAGGGAAGACGAAUCUUGCUGCAGUUGCUGUCACAAUUUGUCCUUGUUCUUGUAUACGGUCGACAUGGGUGUGUCAGAAACGCCGUAUUUGGCUGCCACGGACGCCUUCUUCAGCCCACUUUCUAUGUCCCUUACAACGCAUUCCUUCGUCUCCAGCGAUAAGGCAUGCCUCUUUCUUUCUCACACUGCUUGAAGACGCCGCCGACGCCAUGGUGACAAAAGCCGGACAAGACACGUGCACAGAGGACAACUACGACACGACGAGAUCAUGAUGUGCACACACCAAAUGCAACAAAGAGACUAAAAAAAAAAAAAAAAAAAAGAAGGAGUGCGCUGUUGUUGCUAUCGCUUCUACCCUGCACACCCUGAUUGGACGCUGCUAUAGUGACGAAAACACUCACCCUCUUUCCUCUAAAGUCUCCCAUUUUUCUCCUUUUUUUGUGUCACUUUUCGCCGCUGGUCUCUCCGUGCGCGCUCACGCUCCCCCUUCUCCGCGUUUGCGCGCCCGGCAACCGUGUGGACAUGCGGGCCGUGCUCAACGCCUCCAAGACAAGGCUGUGCUCUGUGCACCGAUUGCAUGGUCGUGUGUGCUAAGAACCGCGCUAUAACCGGUAUUCUGCUUCGCGCGCCUAUGCAAUAAACGGUCCACCUAUACAUUGAGUUCUAUAGGAGAUAUAUCGGCGGUCAAAAAACCCACGCUAUAACCGGUCCCGCGCUAAAAGCGGUUACGUUAUAAGUGGUCUGCACUGUACUAUACUCACUUCGUAUAGCUAUCUACUAAUUUGCUAUCGCAACCGGUGCUUCGCAUUUCAGGCGAAACUGCGACUAUUCUCGUUUUUUGGUGAUACGAAUUUUCGGGUGAUAUGAAUAUUUUCGCCGCCCCUUGAGAUUUGUAUCACCGAGAUUCCACUGUAUUUCUCAAUAUGAGCUUAUUUUUCUAUACACCCUGGAUGUGAGAAAAAUAUGGUCUCUUGUGCAAUGUUUGGGCUUCAUACUAGGCCGGAGAGUGUGUUAUAAAAUAGCCUACACUGCUGCUUAUAAACAAUUAAUUGCAAGCAAGCUCAAACAUUACUUUCUUUUAGUUUAAUUAAAGAAAAGAAUAUUUACUCUUGCCUAUCAUUAUUGAGAACACUGAUGAGCAGUUUCCUAAACUGCACAUGACCAAAUUUACAAUAAGACCUAAAUACCUGCAUUCUAUAGAUCUUUGUUCAAUCUCAGCCAUGCAAAAUUUGGCUGAGAUUCAGUCAUCAGAAUUUUUGUGCACAAGCAGUGAGGACAGCCUUGCAUUAAAAAGACAGGAAAAGAAUAAACGAAGUUGAAAGUUUCUAAACAUGCCUAUUACUAUCACAGAUGAUUAAUUUACAUGAAAGUUGGUCAGAAUGCAGAUCAGCUUUUUCAAAAGUGUAAAACUUUUUUCUGCUGGGUAGGUGAUACCCUCAGAACCUUUGUAAGCUUUCUCCUCCAGGCAGACUUUCUUUGCUGCAAUGUGAUGAUGAGAUUUAGCUUCAGCUGUCCGUCUUUCAAAUUUUUUUUUUAUUUUGCUCAAAGUGAUUAGCUACCAAGCUGAAAGGAUGUCCAGCUCCCGUAGAACUUUCUAAAAGCCUUUGGUGAACCUCACUACGGCUACAGAAGUGGCUAAAGCCCCUCAAUACUGCUCUCAUCCGUCACCUAGGUUAAGAAGCGCUAACCCAUUCACCUCAAAUUUUCCACCUCAUCUCUGACUUAUGGAAGCGGAAGUGACGCCCUGAUGUUUCUGCCAUCCUUUCCGCAGUGCCUAUGGCUGUGAUGCUUUCUCCGCGACCAUACCGCUGGCAGUACGCACGAAAGCUCACCAUCUGGGAAAAACUUGUGACCCUCAUCAGCCAAGUAUCAUUCAAGCCUCUACAGCUACCAUGCCUCAAUUACGAAGUGGUGGAUCUUUCUUGGACUGGCCCGGCCUUAUCUGCUGGUAGCUCUGCAGCACAGCGCUGCUGUCAGUUGUUGAAGAUGGCGGUUAUCCUCCACGACAAUGCGAGGCAACAUGUGGCAAUCAGAACCGCCAACAAGCUCCGGUCAUUUCACGGGGAGAAUCUGGACCACCCACCAUACAGUCCAGACCUCGCCCCUUGUGAUUUUCACGUUCUCAGCCCGCUGAAGAAGUUCCUGGCAAGACAGCGAUCCCCGUGCAACAAUAAAGCCAAGACAGCAUUGGGUUUGAACAUGGUGUUUCCAGCCUCAUUUGAAUAUGCAUCAUGGUCCUGGACUAAAUUAGAUACUGUGUGAGUACUUCUUCCUUCUCUCUUUCGCUCUUGCUCCUUCGCAGUAGAAGGCACUACCUCGCAUGUAUUAGUGCAGAAAAUGUAAAGGUCACAAAUGGCGAGCGACAUAUCAAAAGUUUUGCUUUGGUCCCUUUAGUGUUAUUGAUAGAUGUACACAAAAAUUCUUCUGGUCAGUACUGGUUGCUUAUAGCACAAGGUUUCCGAAAUAAGGCAUAAAACUGGGUUAGUUUUAAUAUGUAAAUAACAGAGAGUGCAACAUGAAACAGGAAAAAGAAAGAGCCAGCAUUGGGCUUUGUCUUGUGUGCUCUAUUUUCGUCUCAUUGCUGUUUGGA